GCCGGAGGAGACGAACCUGCCCUGGAGGCCGCCAGCCAAAGAACCCGAAGAGACAUCUGCCCCCAGUUGCUCUGCCAGCACCACCCCACCACCAGACGUGAGUCCCGAUCAGAUCAGAGAACCUGCCGUCUGCUCUGCUGGCCGAUCCACCAAACCAAAAGCGCCCAAAGCUUUACCUAUCCUCUAGUCCUCCCUCAGUGCCUCCUUUUCCGCUCCAACCCCACCUCCCUCAUCCACCUCCCCAAAGAGAAAAAUAAAGGGUAAAGGAUCCCCUCGGAUUUACAACGGUAAAGCCUGCGGCACCCUGCUAGCCCACUCUCGCCCUAACCCCGAGAUUUGAGUGCAGCAGAAGGCAGAGCAGGGAAGGAAUUUCGGAAGGGGACAGCCCGCAGCGCCAUCAGAAGGGAAGGAGCACCAGGAGCCUCCAAGCGCAAGCAACCAAGCGCAGACAGAGCACAACCAAGACGCCCCACAGCAAGGCCAAGGCAUAAAGCAAUGCAGUCCGGGGGCACGGUUUCCAAUACCGCCACCACCGGUGGACGGAGGCGUGUCUCGGUGCAGUCCACCAGGAGCGCCGCCGUCACCACUUCGGCGUCCUCCGUGUGGGAGGCGCGGAUGAAGAUGGACGAGGUCAAGGGCGGCGUCAAGGUCUUCAGCGCCGGCGCCGCCGACGAGCCGGCGGACGAGGAGGGCAUGCGGGUCUACCGCCGCCUGCGCCGCAACCAGAGCGAGGGCAACGGCACCGGUGCCGCGGGCGCCGCCAGCGCCGCGGCCGCCAAGAAGAGGCGCAGCUGGAAGGCUUCUGAGCCGGUCACCGCGAUUGGGGAUCUCCGCACGACGCGCUCCGACGCCGCCGCCGCCGUGACGACGGCCACCACCACCACUGCGGUGGUUGCCAGGCGGGCCGUGGCGCCGGUAUCCAAGCCCGAGAAGAAGGUGGCGCCCGCGGCGGCCGCCGGCGAGGUCAAGGAGGUGGUGGUCGUGGAAGUGCACAAGGCCGCGGCGGCAGACGCCAAGAACGUGGUGCAACAACCAGAUGAGGAGUUGGACGACGACGACGCGGAGGAUGAAUUAUUGGACGAGGAGCUGGAUCAGACAGAGGAGGAAGAGAAGGAGAUGCUGGAUCAGGAUCACAUGGCCAUUGACAACGAACAAACUGCUCUGGACCAAGUGGAGGACGACGACGGCCAAGAUCUUGGGCCACCGACAAAAGGUAUUAAGCCAACGCCGUCGGUAGAAGAAGAGAGAGCGACCAACCCAGAGCCGGUGAAGCGGCCUCCAGGGAAGAAAUUAGCCUCGGUGGUCGAUCUCCGAGCAAUCAACCCGGAACCCAUGACCCCUCCACCAGUCGAGAAGAAGGCGACACCGAUAGUGGUUCACCGCAUGACCGACUUGGAGCCGGCAAAGCCUACUUCUCCAGUUGAAGAGUAUGUGGAGAUUCAAGGAAGACCAUCUCAACCCAGCAGAAGUCAAGCAAGAAUGCAGAAUAUUGUGAAUUUGGUGAUGUGGAGAGAUGUGUCAAAGUCUGCAUUGGUUUUUGGAUUAGGGACUUUCUUGCUCAUCUCAUCCUCCUACGCCAAGGACCUAAAUUUCAACACAAUCACGGCAGCAUCAUAUGCAGGCCUAAUCUACCUUGGUCUACGGUUCCUGCGGAAGUCCAUACUGAACAGGGGUGAAAAUUUGGAGUGUGACGAUGAAGGCAUUGGCGAGAGGUGCUACCUGGUUGGGGAGGAGGAGGCCAUCUGGCUGCUGAGGCUGGUGCUGCCAUAUAUCAAUGAGGUGCUCCUGAAUCUGAGGUCUCUCUUCUCCGGUGAGCCUGUGACAACCAUGAAGCUGGCACUGCUACUGUUUGCGAUGGCCCGGUGUGGUAAUUUUAUCACCCUCUGGACACUGGCUAAACUGGUCUUCUUUGGGGUCUUCAUCAUCCCGAAGGUGUGCUCCUCUUACUCCACGCAGCUGGCACGAUACGGCAAGUUUUGGCUGGAAAGGUUGAGGGACGCCUGGGAGUCGUGCUCCCACAAGAAAGCUGUGGUGGCAGCCGUCUUCACCCUGGUCUGGAACGUCUCAUCCACGGUGGCACGCGUCUGGGCGGUGUUCAUGCUGGUGGUGGCCAUCAAGUGCUAUCAGCAGCGCAUGGUGGAGUUCGGCUGGAGCAGCAGCACGGUGGAGGACGCACAGGAAUCAGCAGACAACGAAGCAAUUGGCGAGGAGCCGCGGGCGAAACAUAGGGCCCAGGUGCAGGAGUUUGGGGCGCCGGUGGUGCCGCGACACAGGCGAGGGCCAGUCUCCAGCGAGUUCGCCAGGGAGAGGCUGAGGGUCAGGGGUGGCAUCCAGCCUAGGUGAUGGAUACGGAUUGGAUUUAUUAGAGGCUGGCUGAGAAUGACUAGCUUUGUUGUUCUGUUUUUGUGUUCCGGUGAUCACGUCUUGCCAGGCAAUAACAACGGAACACAUAGCGUGUUCAUGUAGAGCCCCGGAUUCCUCGAAUUUACCAUUCACACAUCACCGUUUUUUUUUGCGACGCACACAUCACAGCUUUAGCCUUUAGGCCUUCUUUGUACGACUUCAAAUGGCUUUGGCGGGUGCUACAACACAUGGAGGGUCAGAGCAAGUGAAGCAAAAAAAUAAUAAUAACAUUGGUGUUGCAUGAAAGUUUUAAGUAAACGAAA